AUUUUGGGUAAUAUUCAAUAUGGCGGCACCCAUAUUGAAGUGGAAGCGGGUAACGAACACAACAGGGCCAGCUCCUAGGCCGCGGCAUGGCCAUCGUGCAGUUGCAAUCAAGGAUCUGAUGAUAGUUUUUGGUGGUGGUAACGAAGGAAUCGUUGACGAACUCCAUGUUUACAACACAACUACAAAUCAGUGGUUUGUGCCUGCUGUGAGAGGAGAUAUUCCUCCUGGCUGUGCAGCUUAUGGCUUUGUUUGUGAUGGCACACGGAUACUGGUCUUUGGUGGAAUGGUUGAAUAUGGGAAAUACUCAAACGAAUUGUAUGAACUUCAAGCCAGCAGAUGGGAAUGGAAACGACUCAAACCAAAGCCGCCUAAAAAUGGGCCGCCGCCGUGUCCCAGAUUGGGUCACAGCUUCACUUUGCUUGGUAACAGGGCUUGGCUUUUUGGAGGUCUUGCAAAUGACAGUGAAGAUCCUAAAAAUAAUAUUCCAAGAUACCUGAAUGAUCUGUAUGCCUUGGAGCUGAAACCAAACUCUAGCCAGAUGGGUUGGGAUUUACCAGUGACUGUGGGCCAGCCUCCGCCCCCGAGAGAGAGCCACUCGUGUGCAUCAUAUGCAACAAAAGAUGGCCGCCACUCCAGACUGUUCAUAUAUGGAGGAAUGAGCGGGUGCAGACUCGGUGACCUGUGGCAGUAUGAUGUGGACACCGUGACGUGGACGAAGCCUGUCGUGCAGGGAAUCCCACCUCUGCCCCGGAGUCUCCACACAGCCACGGUCAUCGGAAACAGGAUGUUUGUGUUUGGGGGAUGGGUCCCACUGGUCAUGGACGAUGUCAAGGUUGCUACACAUGAAAAAGAAUGGAAGUGCACAAACACACUGGCAUCCCUACAUUUAGGGAAUAACUGUGUUACAGAUUUGAUGACAUGGGAGCCUCUGGCUAUGGAGGUGUUUGAAGAUGCCCUCCCCCGUGCCCGGGCGGGUCAGUGUAGUGUUGCCAUCAACACACGUCUCUACAUCUGGAGUGGGCGAGACGGCUACCGGAAAGCUUGGAAUAAUCAGGUCUGCUUCAAAGACCUGUGGUUCUUAGAGACAGAAAAGCCACCAGCACCGUCUCGUGUUCAGCUUGUACGUGCCAGCACCAACACGCUGGAGGUCUGUUGGGGCUCUGUGCCCACCGCUGAUGCGUACCUGCUGCAGUUACAGAAGUAUGACCUACCCCCGUCACAAGCCAUGACCCCCACCGCAGUGCCGGUCAGCAGUGCCCUGGUCAAGCCCCCGACCCCCACGGCGCCGGCACCUGUGAUGAGGUCCCCCACUGCAGCCACUGGCGCAGUGAGGCCUCUAGGAGCGGCCAAUCUGGCCUCGCUCGCACUCACCGCCCCACAGACAAUCAGAGUGACGGCCACCCCGAGGGUCAAGACUCCCGUCACCAUCACCCCAGUGUCUCAGGGGAUGAGAGUAGCCACACCCCAGAUCAUCAGUGUCGGGCAGGGACAUAAAACAAUAGUAACCAGUCAGGGAGCUACUGGGCAGAUGACUGGCAUUGCUGCCCUUGCAGCAGCAGCAGCCGCAACACAGAAGAUACCCGGUACCACUGGCGCCACCACCACGCCCAUGUCAGGCAUCAAAGUGGUCACGCCAACCAUAGUCACACCCACAGGGGUCAAGGUGCAAGGCAAACUUCAAGGAACAACAUUAUCACCUGGAACACAAACCAUCCGCGUGUCUGCCCCAGGAUCGGCCAUCUUGAAGACAGCUGGCGGGGCCACCAACAUGGCAGGCAAACAGAUCAUCACUGUCCACAAGGCUGGAUCAAUGUCAGGCAGCCAGCCACAGAUUGUCACACUGGUCAAGACAACACAAGGGAUGACCGUUGCCACUACAAAGGGAGGCCUGCCACAAGGUGCAACCAUCGUGAAGCUGGUGACAACCCAGGCUGGCUCCAACAAACCCACGGCCAUCUUCACUAGCAACCAGUCGGGCCAGACCCCCUCCACAAUCCUCGGAAUUAGCAGUGUCCAGCCUAGUUCUUCCAGCAAGAAUGUGACUACAAUAAUCAAGACUAUACCUUCCUCCAUGAUCUCAAUGGCCAAAGCCGGAGUUGCCGGUGUCACGACAACCCAUGCAGGCACCAAGACCAUCGUCAUUGCAGCACCCAGGGGCAGCGGGGGGUCACUCAACACACCUACCAAAAUAAUCACAUCAGUGCCCAAACUGGGUGGCCAGGGAAAUACUCAGUUCAUCGUGGUCAGCCCUCAGGGGUCCCAAGCUUCAUCCACAGCACAGACCAUCAUUGGCAAUAAGCCCAUCACUGUCACCGCUCUUCCUUCAUCGUCCGCGGGAACAUCACCGGCCACUAAACCUGUUGUCACCAUCCUGUCUGCAGCCCAAGCCGGCAUGACCGGAUCCACUACAGCUGUCCCUGCCCACAUCUCAACUACCACCACUGCUGCCACCUCCAUCCUCUCCAGCCCCAUGGUGAAGGCAUCCACGGGGGGCACCUCAACCAUCUCACUCAUAGCCCAGCAAACCCCCGGAGAUGUCCCCACAACGCUCGCCACCAGGCAGAUCAUAGCCACACCCACACAUACCACACUAGGUAAACAGCCCAUGCAGAUCACCAUCACUCCGGUCGGCCCCAAGGUCACACCUAUAGUUGCUCCGACGAUCACCACUGUUCCUGUUCCAGUGACUACGCCUGUUGUUGUAGCAGAUGCCCAGGCUGGGGGUGACUGUGGAAGACCUGAGGGCUGUGGAACACCGCCACCUGGGGAUUGUGGAAGACCCGAGGGAUGUGGAACACCACCACCUAAUGGAGACUGUGGAAGACCUGAGGGAUGUGGAACACCGCCUCCUGGGGAUUGUGGAAGACCUGAGGGAUGUGGAACACCGCCUCCUGGGGAUUGUGGAAGACCUGAGGGAUGUGGAACACCCCCUCCUGGGGAUUGUGGAAGACCUGAGGGGUGUGGAACACCCCCUCCUGGUGAUUGCGGAAGACCUGAAGGCUGUGGAACACCCCCUCCUGGGGAUUGUGGAAGACCUGAGGGAUGUGGAACACCCCCUCCCGGUGAUUGUGGAAGACCUGAGGGAUGUGGAACGCCACCUCCCGGUGAUUGUGGAAGACCUGAAGGCUGUGGAACGCCACCUCCUGGGGAUUGUGGAAGACCUGAGGGAUGUGGAACACCCCCUCCCGGGGAUUGUGGAAGACCUGAGGGAUGUGGAACGCCACCUCCUGGUGAUUGUGGAAGACCUGAGGGAUGUGGAACGCCACCUCCCGGUGAUUGUGGAAGACCUGAGGGAUGUGGAACUCCACCACCUACGCAAGGAGACUGUGGAAGACCCGAGGGAUGUGGAACACCCCCUCCGGCAGGUAGUGAUCAAGGUCAAGGUGAUAGUGGACCGAGUGAAGGUCAAGGUGAUAGUGGGACAUCAGAAGGGGUCACUGCCCCAGGUGAAGGUCAAGGUGAUAAUGGUGACUCUAAACCUAGUGUUGUCGGAAAUCCAGGUGAACAGUCAGUUCGGCAGGAAGGCUCUCCAGCACCAACAGUUGCAACAACUAGUCAGCCGAUGUUGGUCGCUGCUCAGUUAAAUAGUGCUACAGAUAGUGCAGGUGUCGGCAGUGUGGAAGCACCUGCUGACGAACCCAUGGACACUACCCCUGCUGCAGCUGCUACUGAACAUAGUGGCAUCUCGGUGAAACCCGAGCCAGGCCUCCUCGCCCAGGCUCAGUCAGAAAGUGCUAUGGACACAUCUUCGACAUUUACAGGGUCAGCAGCUAGUGCGGUGUCAAGUGUGGCUGAUGUGUCGGAUCCCCUCGCGACAUUGGCGACAGCAGCCAUGUCAUCGGCGCCUGUUUCAGCAGCAGUAGUCAAGCAGGAGCCCGGGACACCUGCAAAUGGCGUCAAGACAGAGCCAGAGAUUAAACAGGAAAAGACAACUCCGUUGAAGCGGGACGCAAACCAGUGGUAUGACGUUGGCAUCAUCAAAGGCACGACGUGUAUUGUAUCUCACUACCACCUACCUUCUGAAGGAGCCCAGGGCAAUGGAGAUGAUAUCGACGUUGUUAACGUACCCGACCACAGUGUGUUAAAACGACAAGAACUCCAGCCUGGAACAGCCUACAAGUUCCGUGUGGCAGGUAUCAACGCAUGUGGCCGAGGGCCGUUCAGUGAAGUCUCAGCCUUUAAAACAUGUCUACCAGGUUUCCCAGGGGCACCCUCGGCAAUAAAGAUCAGCAAGAGUGCAGAGGGAGCACAUUUAUCAUGGGAACCACCUCAAAACACUGCCGGAAAAAUCACCGAAUAUUCUGUCUAUUUGGCCGUCCGAAAUGCUGCGGCAGCAGAACAAAAGCCUGGCGCCCCAGCUCAACUUGCGUUUGUGCGAGUUUACUGUGGCCCCAAUCCCUCAUGUGUCGUCACCACGGCCAGUUUGGCAUCAGCUCACAUAGACUUCACCACCAAGCCAGCCAUCAUCUUCCGUAUCGCAGCUAGGAACGAAAAGGGCUACGGCCCAGCUACUCAAGUCAGGUGGCUGCAAGAUGCCUCCCAAACAGCAAUGGCGGGUGGAAAAAUAGCCGUGAAGAGAGUCAGCUCCGAUGGCAAACCCACCAUCACAAUCACUGGUGCAGCUAUUAAGAAAAUCAAAACUGAGGAGGAUGGACAAAGCUAAGGGGAAUUCUCAUGGCCCACUAGUGGCCACUACUGAUGCACAUCUUCAAUUCUCAACAAAUACUAUCUCAAGAAAUGCUGCCAAAUGGAAGUCAAAGACUUCAGAAAUUACGAUUCUACUGGGAAGCUGUCGGGGAAUAAUGAGUCGUCUUCGCAGCUCAACUGAGAACUAUUGUUCAGGGAACGACUAAGGAAUGGACUUAAGCUUGAAAAAAUGGUCACAUCAGUUGAGACGGUCUAUACUGUUCUGUUGAAAUUCGACAAAAGUGCAUUGCAAAUGCAUGUUGGGUGUAUGUGUAUUUGAGUAAUGUUUCCAGAAAACAUUGUAUGUGUUAACACCAGCUGAUGUUGUCCGAUGAAGGCACUGUCGGCGCCCUAUAGUGACACUGUCUCUGUAUUGCACCCUCCCAAGGUAGUGAAAAAUGAAUUUGUGCAUCAUGUUUCAAUUUCAUGUUCAUUUGUAAAUGAUUUCACUGUCAUCUUUGUUACAUCUUUCAUCUGUUAUAUACUGUUUACACACAACACAGUGGGUAUUGUAAAUAUCAGAGCGAAAUGUACAUCGGUUGAGAACCCUUCAUCCUCAUCGCACACAGACAACACCACGCCUCGUCAUGGAGCCGCCAGUCGCCUGGUCUUUUGUUUACAAUAUUCACUAGUUGGUAUGUUCAAUUCUAGGAUAGUGCAGCCUCCCAGCAUCUAGACUUGCUUCGAGGCAUUUGUUAAAGAUAGUCUUUGUUAGAUCCUGUUCAUGUAUAUUGUCACCUUGUGUACAUGUAUUUAAAAUGUUCAUUACAGCUUUUCCAGAGUAUUCAGUUGCUUACUGAUUGAUUAGACGUCACUCACGGAGAAACGAUCUGGAUUGAAUGGCAGCCUUAGCAAAAACGUUGGAGGAUGAACUUGAAUACCGAGAAAGAUUCUAGUUUUAUUUUCCAAAAAAGUCUUUGAGUUUGACUUGGGCCAUUGACGAUGACCAGAUGUUCAAAGUAAUGCUGAUUUCUGUACUGUCUCAUUAUUUAAGAAUUUGGGUCGGACUACUUUAUUGUUAAAGAAUUCCAUCGGUAAUUCUGGUUGAUGAAGAUUGCAAGGGGGAUUUUGCAGCAUGAUGAUUGUCAAGAUGUGACAAUAUGCUUUUCUUAAAAUUUAUUGAUUAUAUUUUUUUGAUAAGCGUGGGUGUUCCUAAUGAAGUUUUACGACAGAUUAAGAUUCUUCUGUGUCUUGACUUGUGUUUCUGUGUACUGCUGAGAAUUAAGUAAGUGCGGGUUUUUCAAAAGUUGGAAUAAGGGACAUUUCAAAAUUGGGAAUGGUAUGAAAUUUGACAGUGAAAUUGUAGGUUUUAUCUGACAAAUGUGGAAAGGGAAUAUGACAUUAUACAGUUUAACUAUAUGUAAUGCUGAAAAAAAUAUGUAAUAUUCUUGGUUCUCAGGCAACUGUGUGUUGGCAAACAUUUUCAACUAGAUCCCUUUGCCUGAGAAUCAAUUUUAAGAAUAUUUUUUUAAGCUUAUGCGGGGUUAGUUAUGUUUUGUAAAUAUAUGAUUGUAAAUGGGUUGAUUACUUUUAAAUAUUGUACAAAUCUUUCAUGGGACAGACCAUGUUGGCAAGCAGAUGAUUUGGUUAUUCAUCCAAGUAGACAGUGUUCAAAAUUUCUGUACUUAAGUUCAUCAAAUUUUUAAUUGAGUUUUAAUCACUUCAAGUAAUAUUGUAGUUAUGUGAAAGUUAAUGAGGAAUUUUAAUGCUUCAGUAAUGUUUCAUUGUUAGUAAUGAAAUGAAUAAAACUAAGAAUAGUUUCAAUGUAUUUCUGUGAAGUGUUCAACAUAUUUCAUUUCAAAAGUAUUCAAAUAUUUGGCAGCUCCAAAACAACAACAACCAGGUAGAGAUCAAGUUUUAUAUUGAGUGUAAAUACAACUGGAUUGUUUCUGAUGUACAUGAAUUUACAAGCAUGUCAAAUAUUCCUGUAAAUUUACUUUUUUGCAUUUAAAGACAGUUGACCAUUUGGUACCUUAAAGAUGGUAAAAUUCAGUCAUCUAGUUUCUUGGCAGGCUAAUAAUACAUCUGACAAAGGUUUUGCUUGUUUGCUUCCUACAAUGUUCUUAGGAUUGUUUUCAUCUGAAGAACAAUGCUCUUCUUGAUUAUUAUGUUAGAAAUGUUAUUUAUUUUUACAAGAAAACAUUAAGAUAUCAUGAAAGAAGUGCUACAAUUAAAUCCCUGUUUAAAUGAAAAAAUAUGUUUGACAGUUCCGUUUUUCUUGUUAAAUGUUUAAAAUGGCAUUUAUUUAAGGAAGAAAAUUUAUGGAUGUCAACUUUAUCAUGAGGAACACGUUUCGGAGUACAUGAUGAAGGAGUAAGUAUAUACUCCGAAAUGUUGUUUCUCAUAAUAAAGAAGUUGACAUCCAUGAAUUUUCUUCCUUAUGUGUAUCACUUCUUAAUGCCUUUCAAAGACUUGGCAUAUAUUUGCAUGUUGUGUAUUUGCAAGAGUAUGUCUCCAGAGAAAAUGGUAACAUUUAAACAAAAAUGUUCAGUUCGACUUUAAAUGGUAGUGUCAGCAUUUGAAAAUAUCUGUUUAACAUAAUGAUUUUGCUGCUAGCAUAAUGGAGAAUGAGCUUGGGUGAUUACAUUCUAGAAAAGGCAAAAGAUCUCAAGGCCUCGUAGAUGUUAUGAAGGAAAUUUAAGGAACAAUUUACGGAUGUCGUUUAUAGCAUUACAGAAUUUGACUUUUAGGUAAGUGUUGCUGAAUGAUUUGUGAAGUUUCACAAGUCUUCUGACGACCCAAAUUUGAGACAGUUGAUAACCUUUCAUAAAAGGGUUCCUGACAAAAAUACGUUCAUAGUAUGACAUUGUCCUAGAACUGAGGAGUCACGUUGUGUUCGGGUUUAUGUAUGCAUCAAAUGUGUACAGCUAUAACCUAUGUAUGUAUAUUUACGCAGUUCAAUUACUAAUGUAUCAGUACUUGUUGCUGGCUAAAUGUCUACAGUUUCCAUUGCACCCUGCAAAACAUCAGAUAAUAUGCCAUAUUUUAACACUGGAAGUGUUUUGUUAGUGCUUAAAGAACUAUUUGUGGUCUUAAAACAUGUUACCUUUAUCAGGCCAUUAAAAGAAUGAUUUUCUUUACUGUUAAGCCUGUAUCAUUUUUAUAAUUUUUUUUGCCAGUUUUUCAUACAAUUGAAGGGCACGUAACUCUAACACAUUUAAGUUGCACAGCUGUAUAUUCUCUGUACCAUGCUAACUGUACAUUACAAAGAGACGAAACGGAAUCAAUUUUGCUCAAACUUAAAAAAACUGAGAAACAUGAGACCCUUUGUUUGGUUGCCUUACUAUGGAGAGAAUAACGGUAAACGUUAGGAAACAGUGAUGAUCAAAGUACUGUUCUCAUGUGUUGUGUAGAGGCUAUCAUAAGAUUAUUUGUACAGUCGUCAUCAUGUGCCAUUUUGUGGCAUGACCAUACUAGACUUUGAACAUAGGAGUGACAUGCAACACCAUUUGUUAAACUAUUGCCAUGUUUAUCGUUUUAUAUUGAUACAUUUUAGAUUUGAAGUAUACGAUGCCCAUCUCAUUUAAGUGUACCUAAAUAAAUCUACUUUUAAUCA